ACGAGUGCCGCCAUUGUGAUUUUUAGCGGCUGUAACAUCCAUGGAUGAUACUUGUUAGCCAGUUGUUAGCUGCCGCUACCGCUACAGCUAGCUUAUCGGACAUAUGUCGAAGGGGCUUUUAAAUAACAACAACUACUGGUAUUUAGCAGACAAAUAAAUACACUACAGGGGACGAAAUGAAUAGUCGACUCCAAGAGAUCCGCCAGCGACAAAAACUUAGGCGGCAGCUGUUAGCCCAACAGCUGGGAGCUGAGAGUGCAGACAGCAUUGGAGCUGUCCUAAACAGUAAAGAUGAACUGAAGGAGAUAGAGGAGACAAGAGGAACGUGCAGGUCUUCAUUUGAUAGCUCCGCGCUGCCCUCUAAAAGGAAGGCACAGACAGAGGGAGAGGACACGGAGGAAGAUGUGGAAGAACAAAAGGAAGAGGUGGAGGUCCAGCAGCUUGAUGAAAGCAACCCAUACGAGGAGGUGUACAAGGACUCAAGUACUUUCCUCAAGGGUACUCAGAGUUUAAACCCUCACAAUGACUACUGUCAGCACUUUGUGGACACUGGUCACAGACCACAAAACUUCAUCAGAGAUGUUGGCUUGGCUGAUCGAUUUGAAGAAUACCCUAAACUUCGAGAGUUAAUCCGACUAAAGGAUGAACUCAUCUCCACCACCAACAUCCCUCCCAUGUACCUCCAGGCUGACCCUGAGCACUUUGACCUGCAGGAUUUAAAGUGCCAGUUUGAUGUUAUUCUCCUUGAACCCCCCUUAGAGGAAUACUACAGAGAAUCAGGCAUCAGCAACACUGAACGUUGCUGGACCUGGGAUGAUAUCAUGAAACUUGAAAUUGAGGAGAUAUCAGCUCUACGCUCCUUUGUCUUUCUGUGGUGUGGCUCUGGAGAAGGACUGGACUUGGGCAGAAUGUGUUUGAGGAAGUGGGGCUUUAGGCGCUGUGAGGAUAUCUGUUGGAUCAAGACCAACAAGAAUAACCCAGGCAAGACCAAGGCACUGGACCCAAAAGCGGUGUUCCAGAGGACUAAGGAACACUGCCUAAUGGGAAUCAAAGGUACGGUGCGUAGGAGCACUGAUGGUGACUUCAUCCAUGCCAAUGUGGACAUUGACUUGAUCAUCACAGAGGAGCCUGAGAUGGGGAAUGUAGAGAAGCCUGUGGAGAUCUUCCACAUCAUUGAGCACUUCUGUUUAGGCCGCAGGAGGUUGCACCUAUUUGGGCGAGAUUCAACCAUCAGACCCGGCUGGUUAACAGUGGGUCCUACUUUGACAAACAGUAACUUUAACCCAGAGACCUACUCCUCACAUUUUGCUAUACCCGAUUCCAUCCUUUCUGGCUGCACCGAAGAAAUAGAGAGGCUGCGGCCCAAGUCUCCCCCUGCUAAGCUGAAGUCGGACCGUGGUGGCGGAGCAACCAGAGGCGGACGAGGUGGGCCAAAUGCAGGAAGAGGUGGAGACAGAGGCCGGGAAAGAAAUCGACCAAAUUUCCGUGGGGACAGGGGAGGGUUCAGGGGAAGGGGAGGGCUACACAGAGGUUUCCCACCACGCUAGAAAAUAGCGCUCAUGUGAACCAGACUAAUUCUCGGAAUUUCCAUCUGCAAUACUACAACUUGUAAUUCAGUAGGCAUGGUUACUGUGUGAGUGCUGAGAAGGUAAUGAGUGUAGUAAAUCUUUUUGAAACUUUUUUGUUUAUAUUUGUCAUGGAUAUACAUUGCAAUGAAUGGCUUUUUUUCUCAAUAAAUCCUCUUCACUAUU